CUCGGAGCCUCAGCCGUCCGCCGCGGAGCUGGAGUCCCCUGCAGAAGAGUGCAGCUGGGCCGGGCUCUUCUCCUUCCAAGAUCUGCGGGCAGUGCACCAGCAGCUGUGCUCUGUGAACUCCCAGCUGGAGCCGUGUCUACCAGUGUUCCCCGAAGAGCCGUCUGGCAUGUGGACUGUGCUGUUCGGGGGUGCCCCCGAGAUGACCGAACAGGAGAUUGACGCUCUGUGUUACCAGCUCCAGGUCUACUUGGGCCAUGGCCUGGACACGUGCGGCUGGAAGAUCCUCUCCCAAGUGCUCUUCACCGAGACCGAUGAUCCCGAGGAGUAUUACGAAAGUCUCAGCGAGCUGCGGCAGAAGGGCUACGAAGAGGUGCUUCAGCGGGCAAGAAAGCGCAUCCAGGAGCUCUUGGACAAGCACAAGACUAUAGAGAGCAUGGUGGAGCUUUUAGACUUGUAUCAGAUGGAGGAUGAAGCCUACAGCAGCCUUGCAGAGGCUACAACUGAACUCUACCAGUAUUUACUUCAGCCAUUCCGAGACAUGAGAGAGCUUGCCAUGCUGCGAAGACAGCAGAUCAAGAUUUCUAUGGAGAAUGAUUAUCUGGGACCUCGAAGAAUUGAGAGUCUACAAAAAGAAGAUGCUGACUGGCAGCGGAAAGCUCACAUGGCUGUGUUGUCUAUUCAGGAUCUCACUGUCAAAUAUUUUGAAAUAACUGCUAAAGCUCAGAAAGCUGUGUAUGAUCGGAUGCGAGCAGAUCAGAAGAAAUUUGGCAAAGCAUCAUGGGCAGCAGCUGCAGAACGCAUGGAAAAACUCCAGUAUGCAGUUUCUAAGGAGACUUUGCAGAUGAUGAGAGCUAAAGAGAUUUGUCUGGAACAGAAGAAACAUGCACUGAAGGAAGAGAUGCAAAGUUUACAGGGCGGUACAGAAGCUAUCGCUCAGUUGGAUCAGCUAGAGGCUGAUUAUUAUGAUCUGCAGCUUCAGUUGUAUGAAGUACAGUUUGAAAUCUUGAAGUGUGAAGAAUUACUAUUGACUGCACAACUGGAGAGCAUCAAAAGACUUAUAACAGAAAAGAGAGAUGAAGUGGUAUACUAUGACACUUACGAAAGCAUGGAAGCCAUGCUGGAGAAGGAAGAGAUGGUGGCGUCUGUGCAUGCACAGAGAGAGGAGCUCCAGAAACUGCAGCAGAAGGCACGGCAGCUGGAAGCAAGAAGGGGGCGUGUCUCAGCCAAGAAAGCCUACCUCAGAAAUAAAAAGGAAAUAUGUAUUGCAAAACACAAUGAAAAGUUCCAGCAGCGUUUUCAGAGUGAAGAUGAGUAUAGAGCCCAUCACACAGCACAACUAAAGAGAGAAAAAUUACAUGAUGAAGAGGAAAGAAAAAGUGCCUGGGUUAGCCAAGAGAGACAAAGGACCCUGGAUAGACUUCGAACAUUUAAGCAGAGGUAUCCUGGGCAGGUCACCCUUAAAUCAACCAGACUAAGAGCAGCUCAUGCCAGAAGAAGUCCAGCGAGUCCUGUGCCCUGUGACCAGCAGUGUGCCUCUCUAGCAGGAGUACUGCAAGGAGAGGAGAAGACAGAGGUUGGGGAAGAAAGAAGCAAGCUUGAGUCUUCAGAGACAGCAAGACCCCAGAGCCUUGUCCAUCUUGAAGACACUUUGUCAGUACAACUUGAAGCCACUUCAUUACCUCCCAAUGCUGUUACCUCUGAACUGCCUCCCCCCUCCUCGCUUCCACUUUUGACUAGUAAUGACCUCAAACCGUGUUCUGCUACAGUGGAUCCACCCCCACCCCCUCUUCCUCCAACACCUCCCCCUCCCCCUCCACUACCUCCACCCCCACCCCCCCCUCUGCCUGUUGCAAAGGACAAUGGUGCCACCACCAAUUCAGAGACACUGGAGAAAGAUACACUUAGAAAGGAAGGCAGUGAGAAGAGGAUCCCAAAGUCAGCCAGCGCCCCGUCAGCACAGCUCUUUGAUAGCAGCCAGCUGGUCAGUGCCCGGAAGAAGCUCAGAAAGACUGCUGAAGGCUUACAGAGGAGGAGAGUGAGUUCACCCAUGGAUGAAGUGUUAGCAUCCUUGAAGCGUGGUAGUUUUCAUCUGAAAAAGGUUGAACAGCGGACUCUGCCUCCUUUUCCUGAUGAAGAUGAUAGUAAUAAUAUCUUGGCACAGAUAAGGAAAGGGGUAAAAUUGAAGAAGGUUCAGAAGGAGGUUUUGAGAGAAUCCUUCACACUCCUGCCUGACACAGAUCCUCUGACGAGGAGCAUCCAUGAAGCUCUAAGAAGAAUUAAAGAAGCAUCCCCAGAGUCAGAGGAGGAGGAUGAAGCUUUACCUUGCACAGACUGGGAGAACUAGCAGGUAACUUAACAGAAAGAAGAAAAAUACCCAUGGAUGAAGACUGGGUCUGAUUCUUUUGGGGGAAAAGUUUAAGCUCUUGGUCCCAUAUUGGAUUCCAUUAGACCCUGAGUACAUUGGCAAAGUCGUGUGAAAACAAGGAAGCACAAUUGGAAGAUAUUACUGUUCAGUCACUGUCACUGGUAGUGGUGACGUCAGUUUUAAAUGUGCAAUGUUCCUGACUGCCGAGAGAAGGCCUCCUGAAGACGGCUAUCUCUUACACACCUUCUCUUCCUAUCUGCCCAUUCGUGAUCUCACAGUGGCCAGUUACACCUAGGAGUCACUGUGAACUAGAAGAACACUGGGUUGGCAGAGUUCUACUGUGUGAGCUAUUUUGGGAUUCAUCUUCAGUGAAUGGAGAAGAUAUUUGCUAAAGUACAGCUGCUUCCACAUCAGCUUCUAGAAUAGCGUGACAUGCUAAAGAAGACAUUUGUCCUGGUAGUUUCAGUCAGGAAUUAAAAGGAAACAACAUGGUAUACACUUAAGAUUUCCACAUUUUCCAUCUCCAGAGAUGUUCACUAUCUGAGAAGCUAAUGGAGAUACCCAUUAAUGUGUGCACCAAACAUGACACAUUUAACAAGGCAUAUUUUUAAGAGGCCACCAUCUUACAUUUUGUAAGAGUUUGAAGUUAAAAUUUCCAUGCCUUUAAAAUAGUGUUUCAUAAUUCUGAAUUUAGAAUAGUUUUGAAUUUUAUGUGCACCGUUUAUGAGGAGCAAUGCUUCAUAAUUUGAUAACAUUUCAAAUUAUUUUUAGUCUUUUUGUUUGAACUACUGCUUGAUUACUAUAUUUCAUGACUUUCCUAUUGAGAAUCAAAACAAGGAUUCAAUAGUAGGGAUACAGAUGUUCAACUAUAUCAUGCACCAGUUUUAAGUUUUUAUUGUUGUGCUCCAUGGUGAAGAGCACUUGUGUUCAGUAAAGGUCCAGAAGAUAGCCAAUCCUGUAAGCCUCCCACUGGCAUUUGCUAUUUUCUUAGUCUUUGGAUAGGGCUUUAGGGGAGCAUUUGUUGCUGUCACUAAAUCUUUAAACGUACAUACUUAGUUUGAAUGCUGACUUAGGGUUCAUUUCUGAAUGGAGCUGGCAUGGCUUGUCAAUGGGAUUGUGUGGACAUGCAUGAGGGUAGAUGUGCUGGAGCCAUUUUACAGCAUGCUGCAGUGUGUGCUGCUGCUGAAGACAGAUCUUGGCUUUAUAGGGAGGGAUUAAAAUAACAAAAAGCACUUCAUUCCUAGAGAGCUCUUCCCCAGCUUAGCCCUGAAAGCACCUCACUGUCCACCAUGGUCUCCUCCUUUUCUUGAUAUUUUUAAGAGAGAUUUUUCUUUAAAUUCAUUAUGGGAAAAAAUUCUGGUAACGGGUUAAAGUAAACCAAAUCUUUGCACUUAA